AUGCUGCUUCUCCUGCUCAGCUGUCUCUUGUCCACCGCCAAUGGGAAGAGCUGCCUCCACUGCUGGCCAGAGCUGCCUGCACUGAUAGACUAUGACCUGCAGAUUCUAUGGGGCACCCCAGGGCCACCUGUGGAGCUCUCCCACAGUCAAGACCAUUUGGAGGAAACAGCAGGAACAUUAUUCACUCACAUAGAUAAAGCCAUUAAGAAGUUUCUGAGAUGGGCGCCUGACCACACCUUCUCCCAGCUUCGUUUCCUGCUCACACCCCGACCUCUCCCAGCUCUGUCUGCCCAGAACCUCAGUCUCUCUACCAUCUUACCCUCCCGGGCAGCCUGCAACAAGUCCUGUGACAUCCACUCCACACUGGAGGUCAUCAGCUGUGCCAACUGCAAGACACACUUCCUCACCUGCCAAGACCCCACUCUCUGCCCAGGGACCAGGAGGAACUUCGUGUGGGCUGUGAGCCUCGGCAUUGCUCUGCUCCUGGCGACCCUAGCUGGAGAUGUUACAUUUUCUGGCUCGAGAAGAAGAAGAAGGAGAAGGAGGCAGAAAAGGAGGUCCUGGGGCAUCCAGAACUCCCACGGAGGGGAAGCUGUGUCGGCCUGGGGGCAGCAAGGCUAGCGACUCCAAGUCUGGCUCCCGGGGCCUCACAUCCAAAGGAGUAUAGGAUCAAGGGCCGGGACUCAGGAGGGCCACCACCAGCCCCCAGUGUGAGCAGACCCACCCAGGGCCAGGCACCCGGGACAGAGCUGCAGCCAUGCCCCAAGUCUCCACCUGAUCCACAAAGUUUCCCCUACCCAUAGCUGUCAUCAUCCCUCUGCAGCGACCCCUCCACCCUUUGCCACCCUGCUCCCUGACUGCACAGACUACGAACAUGUGCCCCUUGCCCUCUGCUCCUGGUUGGGUUUGGCCAGCAGGAGGUCAGAGGCAGAAGCAGGCCUGCUUCUCCUUUCUCAGCAGGGACCCAGCAGGCCGCUUGUCACCUUCAACUGAACAAAGGUCUCAGGUGCUGUC